AUGAACGGCGGGGGCUGCGCUGCUAGCCCCCCAUCCCCUGUCCGGAGCCCGGCCACCCCAGCACUCCCCGCCCGGGCAGGGCCCCGGGCGAUCGCAUCGGUCACCUGGAGUUCUGGCCGGGAGUUCAGGCAGCGGCUCCCCCGGCGGCGGCUGCGGCGGCGGCUGCAGCGGCUGCUGCGUGUUGGUCCCCGUUGCACUGCGAAGAAUGGUCUCUGUGGACCCAGAAGGGCGGAAACCCCAGCAGCUCAAGAAAAGGAGGCUGAGGACCUUGAAGGAGACAUGAAUGGAGAAGUCCUCCUGAGGCUAUCAAAACAUGGGCCAGGCCACGAGGCCCCGAUAACCAUCCCAGAAUUUUUUCGGGAGUCAGUCAGCCGAUUUGGGAUUUAUCCAGCCCUCGCAUCAAAGAACAGCAAAAAAUGGGAAGUGCUGAAUUUCAAGCAGUACUAUGAGGCUUGUCGGAAGGCUGCCAGGGCCUUGAUCAAGCUGGGCUUGGAGCGGUUCCACGGAGUCGGCAUCCUGGGGUUCAACUCUGUGGAGUGGUUCAUUGCUUAUCUUGGUGCCAUCCUAGCAGGGGGCCUCUGUGUCGGCAUCUAUGCCACCAACUCCGCGGAGGCUUGUCAGUAUGUCAUCGCUCAUGCCAAAGUGAACGUCCUACUGGUGGAGAAUGACAUACAGCUACAGAAAAUUCUCUCGAUUCCACAGAGCAGGAUGGAGAGCUUAAAAGCGAUUAUCCAGUACAAGCUGCCAAUGAACAAGGGCAAUAAAAACAACCUGUACUCUUGGGAUGAAUUCAUGGAACUCGGCAAUAGCAUCACUGAUUCCCAGCUGGACCAGAUCAUAGCGAGCCAGAAGGCCAAUCAGUGUGCUGUGCUCAUCUACACUUCCGGGACCACGGGCAACCCCAAAGGAGUGAUGCUCAGCCAUGACAACAUCACGUGGUUGGCCGGGAUGGUGGCGAGGGACUACAGCCUGUCUUGUGCCCCAGAAAAGCAGGAGGUGGUGGUUAGCUAUCUUCCCCUCAGCCACAUUGCAGCUCAGAUGAUGGAUGUCUGGGUGCCCAUGAAGAUCGGGGCUUUCACCUACUUUGCUCAACCGGACGCGCUCAGGGGCACCUUGGUCAACACUCUGCAGGAGGUAAAGCCUACUGCCUUCAUGGGGGUGCCCCGAAUCUGGGAGAAGAUACAGGAGAAGAUAAAGGAAAAUGGUACCAAAUCCUCAAACUUGAAGAAGAAGGUGUUUUCAUGGGCAAGAACUGUUGGCUUAAAGAUCAAUACAAAAAGGAUGUUGGGUUUGGGGACACAUGACACACCCAUGAGCUACCGCAUGGCAAAGGCACUCGUGUUCAGCAAAGUCAGGAACACCCUUGGCCUUGAUCACUGCCACUCUUUUAUCAGUGGGGCUGCGCCCCUGAGCCCCGAGACCUCUGAGUUCUUUCUAAGCCUGGACAUACCUAUAGGCGAGAUGUACGGUAUGAGCGAAAGCACAGGACCUCACACCAUGUCCAAUGAGGAUAACUACAGGCUUCUAAGCUGCGGCAAAAUCCUAAGUGGGUGUAAAAACAUGCUGUACCAGCAGUCCAACGACGGCAUCGGGGAGAUCUGCAUCUGGGGCCGGCAUGUCUUCAUGGGCUACCUGGAAAGACAGGACGAGACCAUGGAGGUCAUCGACGAGGAGGGCUGGCUGCACACCGGGGACCUGGGCCGCAUGGACAACCAGGGCUUCCUCUACAUCACUGGCCGCAUUAAAGAAAUCCUCAUCACGGCUGGCGGCGAGAAUGUGCCCCCUGUUCCCAUCGAGAACAUGGUUAAAGAGCAGAUUCCCAUCAUCAGUAAUGCCCUGCUAGUGGGGGAUAAGGCCAAGUUUCUAAGCAUGCUGCUGACCCUGAAGUGUGAGGUGGACAAGACAAGUGGAGAGCCGCUGGACAAACUGAGCUGGGAGGCCAUCGACUUCUGCCAGCGCCUGGGCAGCCAAGUGUCCACAGUGAGUGAGAUCGUGAGGCUGCAAGACCCCCUGGUCUAUGCAGCCAUCCAGAAAGGCAUAGAGGCUGUGAACCAGAAAGCCACCUCCAAUGCACAGAAGAUUCAGAAGUGGAUCCUCUUAGAGAAAGACUUCUCUAUGCAAGGCGGAGAGCUGGGUCCAACAAAAAAGUUGAGGAGACAUUUCAUCAUCCAGAAAUACAAAAAGCAAAUAGACAACUUCUACCGCUGA